AGAAAAUAUCAAAUUACUAUAUAUAUAAAGUAAAGUAGAAUUGUUUAUGAUUGCACAGAAAGGAGAAAGAAAAACUAAAAAGAAAAGAAAAUAAUGGAGAGGCUUGGCCAAAACCAAAAUGAGGCCUCUCAGUGUUGCUGUCCAACCCCAUUUUUCAACUCAUCAGCAGCAUCACCAAACAUCAACAACAGAACCAAAAUCAGAAACAGUUCUUCUGAAUGUCGCCACAACUUUGUAGCAACAACUUCAUCUUCCAUCUUUCCAAACACAAACUUCACAAACCAUGAGUCACUUCCUUCUCUUCAUGAAUCAUUCAAUGAAUUCAACAAAGUUUACCCUCAGUAUUCUGAGACUGAACUUGUUGACCAUGUUAGAGCACAAGAGUAUCACCAUCUCAGCAAUCACACUUGCCUUGAUUACAUUGGUGUUGGCCUAUUCUCCCAUUCUCAACUCCAACAACAACAACGUUAUCAUGGGGAUGCAUCAAAAUCACAACUUGCUUCAACUUCAACUUCAACUUCAAAUCAAUAUCCUGGAAUUCCAUUCUUCAGCCUAUCCUCCAAGACUGGGAAUCUGAAAACACUAUUGAUCCAUGGUGGACAAGAGUCAGAAUUUGAGUCUGCAAUGAGGAAAAGAAUCAUGAAUUUCCUCAACAUAUCUGAAACUGAUUAUUACAUGGUUUUCACAGCAAACAGAACCUCAGCUUUCAAGCUUGUUGCAGAUUCAUACCAGUUCCAAUCUUCCAGGAAGCUUCUCACAGUUUAUGACUAUGAAAGUGAAGCUGUUGGAAACAUGAUUAGUGCCUCAGAGAAGAGAGGUGCAAGGGCUAUUUCAGCUGAAUUCGCAUGGCCAAGGUUCAGGAUUCAGACAACAAAAUUGAGGAAAAUCAUUGUGGGCAAGAGGAAGAAUAAGAAGAAAAAGAAGGGUCUUUUUGUCUUUCCACUUCACUCAAGGGUAACAGGAACAAGGUACCCUUAUCUUUGGAUGAGUGUAGCACAAGAAAAUGGUUGGCAUGUGUUGGUUGAUGCAUGCGCAUUGGGGCCAAAGGACAUGGACUCUUUUGGCCUCUCUCUCUUUCUCCCUGAUUUCUUAAUCUGCUCUUUCUAUAAGGUCUAUGGUGAGAAUCCUUCUGGUUUUGGUUGCCUUUUCGUCAAGAAAUCUGCUAUUUCGAGCAUGGAAGCUACUUCUUCUGCAGGAAUUGUGAACCUUGUGCCACAAAAUCAGAUACAUCUAUCCGAGGAUUCUUCUGGCACUGACUUAGAACUUGAACAAAAAACUAUAUGUAGCAUACAAGAAGAACAAGAAGGAGAAGAAGAAGAAGAAGAAUUAUCCUCAAUGAGAUCAUUCUCGGGUCCUAGACAAGCCACAGAAUCUGGAAAAGAUGAAGAAGAGGCGCAAUCUCAUCGAGGUUCUGAAAUUGAGGAGGCUAAUCUCAAGAAGAAGAGUGUUGCUCAAGGAAGUGAAAAUGGAGGGUUUGAGAUUGAAUGCAGGGGUUUGGAUCAGGUGGAUUCUCUGGGAUCAAUACUGAUUAGCACUCGGGCGAGGUACUUGAUAAACUGGUUGGUGAACUCAAUGGUGAAGCUUAAGCAUCCACACACACAAGAGUUUCCACUGGUGAAGAUAUAUGGUCCAAGAGUGAAGUUUGAUAGAGGAGCAGCUUUGGCAUUCAAUGUGUUUGAUUGGAAAGGUGAAAAAGUUGAGCCUGUUCUUGUUCAGAAGCUUGCUGAUAGGAGCAACAUUUCAAUCGGUUAUGGAUUCCUGCAUCAUAUUUGGUUUGCAGAUAAGUAUGCAGAAGAUAAAGGAAGAGUUCUUCAGAGCAAAAAAGAAGUGAAAGGCAAUAAUAAUAAGAAGAAGAAAGAUAGAGAUAGUGAAGUUGGAAUAAGUGUGGUUACUGCUGCAUUAGGAUUCUUGGCUAGUUUUGAAGAUGUAUAUAGGCUUUGGGCUUUUGUUGCAAGGUUUCUUGAUGCAGAUUUUGUGGAAAAGGAGAGGUGGAGAUACACUGCUCUCAAUCAGAAAACAAUUGAAGUUUGAUUAUUCAUUUCAACCAAUUAAAUUUCAUUUAUUGUUAGUUGUUCAUCAUUGUUCUUGAUUUCUUUAUCUUGUAAGUGCCUAUCUAGAGUGUGACUUUGGAUGAAGGUUAUUUCUUGUAUAUGGAAAUUUGAUUUGAUUCUCCAAGGAAAACGGAGAUGAUUUCAGCAACUAUAUAGAUAAUUAUUCACUCUGUGAAAUGCAAAAGAAAAAAAGUAUUUGUUUCA